CGGCCCGCUCCCAUAGCCCUGCCGGCAGCGCGGCGGCUGGCGGGGCCCCUCGGGAAGUUUGAUGGCUUCUUUGAGGAGAGUCAAAGUCCUGCUGGUGCUGAACCUGAUCGCCGUGGCUGGCUUCGUGCUCUUCCUGGCCAAGUGCAGACCCAUCACGACCAAGAGCGGCGACUCCUUCCAUGACAUCCAUCCCAGGGCAGAAGUGGUCAACUUGACAGCCCGCGGCGUCAGCUCCAUCCAGGAUGCGGUGCUGAAGAGGCUCUCGCUCCUAGAAGACAUCGUCUACAGGCAGCUGAACGGUCUGUCCAAGUCCCUUGGUCUCAUUGAGGGCUAUGGGGGCCGUGGCAAAGGUGGCCUCCCGGCCACCCUGUCCCCCGAGGAGGAGGAGAAAGCCAAGGGACCCCAUGAGAAGUACGGCUACAACUCCUACCUCAGCGAGAAGAUCUCCCUGGACCGCUCCAUCCCGGAUUAUCGCCCAACCAAGUGCAAAGAGCUGAAGUACAGCAAGGACCUUCCUCAGAUCUCCAUCAUCUUCAUCUUCGUGAAUGAGGCGCUGUCGGUGAUCCUGCGCUCGGUGCACAGCGCCGUCAACCACACCCCGGCACAUCUGCUCAAGGAGAUCAUCCUGGUGGAUGACAACAGCGAUGAGGAGGAGCUGAAGGCGCCGCUGGAGGAGUACGUCAACAAGCGCUACCCGGGGCUGGUCAAGGUGGUCAGGAACCAGAAGAGGGAAGGGCUGAUCCGGGCCCGCAUCGAGGGCUGGAAGGCGGCCACGGGCCAGGUCACCGGCUUCUUCGACGCCCACGUGGAGUUCACUGCCGGCUGGGCCGAGCCGGUGCUGUCCCGGAUCCAGGAGAACAGGAAGAGGGUGAUCCUGCCCUCCAUAGACAACAUCAAGCAGGACAACUUCGAGGUGCAGCGCUAUGAGAACUCGGCGCACGGCUACAGCUGGGAGCUCUGGUGCAUGUACAUCAGCCCCCCCAAGGACUGGUGGGACGCUGGGGACCCCUCCCUGCCCAUCAGGACCCCGGCCAUGAUCGGCUGCUCCUUCGUGGUGAACAGGAAGUUCUUCGGGGAGAUUGGGCUGCUGGACCCUGGCAUGGACGUGUACGGCGGCGAGAACAUCGAGCUGGGCAUCAAGGUGUGGCUGUGCGGGGGCAGCAUGGAGGUGCUGCCCUGCUCCAGGGUGGCGCACAUCGAGCGCAAGAAGAAACCCUACAACAACAACAUCGGCUUCUACACCAAACGCAACGCGCUGCGCGUGGCCGAGGUSUGGAUGGACGACUACAAGUGGCACGUCUACAUCGCCUGGAACCUGCCCCUGGAGAACCCAGGGAUUGACAUUGGGGAUGUUUCCGAGAGAAAAGCUUUGAGGAAGAGCCUGAAGUGUAAAAAUUUCCAGUGGUACCUGGACCAYGUUUAUCCGGAGAUGAGGAGAUACAACAACACUGUUGCUUAUGGAGAGCUCCGGAACAACAAGGCCAAAGACGUGUGCCUGGACCAGGGCCCGCAGGAGAACCACACAGCAAUACUGUACCCAUGCCAYGGCUGGGGGCCACAGCUGGCUCGAUACACCAGGGAGGGCUUCCUGCACCUGGGGGCACUGGGCACCACCACGCUGCUGCCGGACACGCGCUGCCUGCUGGACACCGGCAAGAGCCGCUUCCCGCAGCUCCUGGACUGCGACAAGGUCAAGAGCAGCCUCCACAAGCGCUGGAAUUUCAUCCAGAAYGGAGCCAUCCUGAACAAGGGCACGGGCCGGUGCCUGGAGGUGGAGAACAGGGGCCUGGCUGGCAUCGACCUGAUCCUGCGCAGCUGCACGGGCCAGAGGUGGACAAUUAAAAACUUCAUCAAAUAGAGGCCGCAGGAGUCCGGGCAGUGUGAGCUGAGCCACGGGGCUGAUCCCAUGGGACUCCUUUGGAGAGGAUGGAAUUUCARCCAGAGCUUUAUUGGUGUUCCUGGGAGAGGACAUGGGCGAGACGGGCRCUGGUGGCUUUGUUUGAGUCAUUCCUGAGUCUCCCCAGCUGUGUGCAGCUGGCUCAGAACUGCUGUUCCCUCUGGUCUGCACUCCAAGGGUGCCACUGAUCCCUGCUGGAACCGCUGGAAUGGGCUGGGGCAGCCUGUGAGCAAUUCCUGAUGGGGAAUUCCUGCUGUGAGCUGGGGGCAGUUUCCUGGUGGAGAAUUCCUGCUGGGAGCAUUUUUUUUGUGGUGAAUUCCUGCUGUCCCAGCCGUCUCCAGGCUCUCCCAGAGGUCUGGGGAGGUUUGCACCAUGGACACACCUGCCUGGCAAGUGAGGACACGGAGGUGACUGUGAGAGGAAAGUGUUCCCAAGCCCCACAGCAGCCGGGUUUGGAGGAUGUGGUGCUUGGCUGGGUCCUCUCUCUCUUUCCCUUUUCCUGCCCCAGCAUCCAGCAGCCCCCUUCCCUGGGUUUUGGAGAAGCAAACACCCCCCAGUAGCUCCCAGGGCUCUUUCCAACCCUUAAUCACAGAUGUCAGCAAACAAACUGCGGUGAAAUCAAACCCCCGAUGUCCCCUUGUCCCCUCUCCAUCCCCCCCACGCUGCUGUUGGCCAAGGCAGCCCCUCCCUCCAUGGAGACCCCAAAGAAUGGGGAUGAUCUGGGGUGUCUGCCCUUCUGGGGAACAGCAGGAACGUGGCUUUGUGGGGCUGUUCUCCUCCUGRGCCCUGUCCUGCCUGCUCAGUCCUGGCCAAGGUCCUCCCCAAAAAGUCCCUGCUGACCUCGUGGGCUGUGGGAGGGACGGGAGGGAGGCCAGGACACCAAGAAAUGGCAGCUUGGCUGAAAUGCUUGGCCCUGACGUCCCCUCAGGCUGGUAACUCUUGGWGGGAUCUCACCUGGUUCAUUCGGUGACCUUGGAGAGCCGCCAGGAAAGGGGAMCGGGAUCCUGCAGGAUCCGUGCCUGGAUGGCCACGGGCUCAGCCCAGCGGGGAGGAGCAGCCAGCCCAGCCCAUGUCCUGUCCCUGUCCCAGGAUGAUCCCCUCGGUGGCUGCCCCUGGCCAGGGCGCAUUGGAGCGGGUUAAUCGCUGACUGGAUGUGUAAAUACGCUCCCCGGGCCGGGCUGGGUGUGCUCAGAGCCCUUCCCUGCACAGCACUCACUCCUGUCUUCCAUUGCCGUCAGGAUGGAGCUCUCUGGGUGCUGAGCUGGCACUCCCAGCGCCUCGCAGCGGCUCUGGAACUGAGCUUUUCCUAAUUUAUUGACCACAGGUAGAUCCGUCCCACCGUUCUUUCCGCAGCCACCAGCGCCACCCCGAUGGGGCUGAUGGUUCAUUUAGGCUUUCCCAGGUUCCCUCCCCCACCGGGGCUGUCUCUGGUUUCCUCCCUCCCGCCUCCCCGAAUGAAGUGAAAUCUCCUCGUUGUCCUGACUCUCAGCCUAGAGGGUCAAUGUAGAAUUUUGCUCUUUUUCGCUGUUGCAUCAUCUCUCGUGUAAUAAAUUUGAGCACUUCCAACCCCKACCUGGCCCCACGUCUGUGGAUGCUCCCCGAGCCUCUGCUGCUGCCGCCCUCCAAGAGAAGCAAUUUCCUGGUGAUUCUGAGGAGCCCUGAGGGAUUUGGGAUCACUCAGCUCUGGUCCCGCUGGUGCRAUGCCCCCAAACUGAGCCUGUGUGGGAGGGGAGAGCCUGCCUGGGUCGGGAUAAGCGAUCCAACAGCCCCGGGAUGUUGCCUGGGCUGUGAUUCAGUCCCAGGGUGGCAGCAGAUGGCUUUUGUCACAUGUCCCUGUGGUGGGUGAUGUCCCCAGCCCCCAGUGCCCCCCAGCAGGGCGGAAUGGGCUGUGUGGCCAUUCCCCGGCUCCAUCCCGGCUCCGCUGAGCCCUGGGCAGGAGGGGCUGGCUCUGGGGCAGUCCCUGUCCCACCCGUGUCCCCCUGGGGUGGCUGCGUGUCCCUGGCAGAGGCGCUGGUGGCACAGGGCACCCGGGGGUGAGGAUCCUGCGGGUGCUGCUGAGUUCCGGCAUCCUUGGGAAUGUUCAGCYUCAGAGCUGCCCUUCCCUCGAGCUCGAGAAGGAAAACCGACCCCAGGCUGUCCCCCAGGAAGGACACGGUGGGGAUGAACCCCGAGCUCGAGGAGCCCCGGGUGGGGUUGGCCUCUGGUCCUGCUGCAGCUCCCGAACACUGGGAGGAGUCAGCAGGGGCAAAACCAGGCUGGCAAGUGGGAAUUCCCUCUGCUGUGCUGUCCUGACAGCGGUGUGUGGCUGCGGGGUGACCCCGGGGCCGMGCCCCGAUCCCGAGAGAUCUGUGGGAGAGAUCUGGCUCUCAUUAAUGCACCUCUUAUCCCUGAGCAUCUGUAAAUUGCUUUGAGGAGUGAUCUCCGAGUGAUUCCGAUUAAAUCUCUGAUUGGAGAGUCGUGCCUCUGGAGUGAUUUAACAAAGAUUCUCUGCUGCUGGGAUAGAGGCAGCCGCUCCCCGUUACUCAUUUAACAGAGGUGCUGCUGUUUUCAUCAAACUCCCAUUUUAAAAGGAAYGGAA